ACAAUUAAAUAUGAAUUCGAUUCUGAACGCGUAAUUCAACUUUAGUCGAGAGAUUUACAGUGCUUUAGGAUAUCUUGGAUCAAACGAAUGCUGCACACGACAUGGAAUUUAUAAAUGAUCUUUGGCGCCUGUUGGUGAUGUUCACCUGUUUAAUGUGUGCUGUGCCUCCUACUGCGGCAUCUGACGAUGAAUGCUUACCGUACUGCAUCAUCACCCUCGCCACCAAUACCACCAAAGUAGACAUCAAGACACCAGGCUACCCCUCCAACUACCCGCAAGACACCAAGCUCCUGUGGAUCAUUGGGGCGCCCUCUAACUAUGGCCUACUGUUGACCGUGCAUGACUUAGAACUUGCGACGGGAGACACGGUGCAGUUCGGGCAUAGGGACGAGGCGAAGUUCAUCAUCGAAGGCGACGACGACGUCGAGGCCAUGAUCAACCGGACGAUCUCGUUUGCCAAGGAGGAGGUGACAUGGGUUACUUUCUCUUCCGACAACGACAACGCCACUGCCAGAGGAAUCUGGCUGACAGUGACUGCUGACCUAGAUGCAUCGGAAAGUCCAUACACGUCUUCAACAACGACCACAUUGCCUACAGAGCUGCCGCUAGUGAGCCUUCUCCCCUCAUGUUAG